AUGGUAACGAUCGGUUCUACGGGAGCCGUGUUGUCUCGGCUGGUGAUCGUUUUAGUGUGCACGGGGAUCGUGGCGAGUUUUCACGGCAGCAGUGGCAAUACAACCACGGCUCCUUUUCUGAUGGACGAAGAGGAUGGUUUUUUGACGGUGCCUCAAUUGAUCCGGAAGUACGGCUAUCUAGUAGAAGAACAUGAAGUUCGGACGGAAGAUGGUUAUUUGCUAAUGAUGUACAGGAUUCCCGCUCGAGCAGGUUCUAGCAAGCAUCCGGUUUUUAUGUGGCACUCACUUUUUAGUUCCUGUAGCGACUGGGUAUUGAUUGGCAGAAAUCACGGUUUGGCGUAUUUGUUAGCGGAUCGCAACUACGAUGUUUGGAUGGGAAAUGCUCGCGGUACUCGUUACUCACGGAAGCACGAACGAUAUAGUGUAAGCUCGGCAAAGUUUUGGGAUUUUACAUUUCACGAAAUCGGAUACUAUGACCUUCCAGCGUCAAUUGAUUACAUCCUCGAGCAAACGAAAGCAAGACGAGUGCAUUUUGUCGGCUUUUCACAGGGUGCAAUGACAAGUUUCAUAGCAAUGAGUGAACGGCCAGGGUUCACGGACAAAUUGAUCGAAAUUCAGGCGCUUUCUCCUGCCGUUUAUAUGUACCGAUCGUUGAGUGUUUUCGUUAACAUCCUGGCUAGAUCAUUGGACCAAAUUGCAAACGCCCUAAUCGCCACUCAGCAGUACGAAUUUGUCCCAUACUUCGAAAAGCAAUAUUUCUUCUUCCAGUGGCUGUGCCCGGCACCGAAACAGACAAUUUGUCGAAUCCUGAUCUACGAUGUGGUCGGAGCUAAUCCCAAUCAGCUAGACACGAAAGUGCUGCGUAUAUUUCUGGGACACUUCCCAGCCGGAGCCUCGGUGAAACAGGUGCAACAUUAUUCACAGAUAAUAAAGGAUGGUGUUUUUCGACAGUAUGAUUAUAAGGACCCAGAGGUAAAUUUAAGGCGCUAUGGCAGUUAUUUCGUUCCGCGGUACAAUUUAUCGCGAGCAACGGUUCCGGUUAGAACCUAUUUUGGGUACAACGACAACGUCGUUAACUAUUUAAAUGUUCUGCAGUUGGAGCAAGAAAUUCCUUAUAGUAAGAGCAGCUAUCCGGUACCGGAUAAACGUUUUAGCCAUGUUGACUUUAUUUUGGCCAACAACGUCAAGGAAGUGCUGUACGAUGAAGUGGUGCGUAAUGUAGAGAAAGCCGAACGGGCGGCCAUGUGA